AUGUGUAGUUGCGUUUUACUUACGACCGGCUCUUUUAAUCCUAUUCAUCCUUUACAUUUUCAAACUCUUCUACGUGUUAAACAAUACCUUGAACAUGAGCAUCAACCUCCAUGGAACGUCCUCGCCGGAUAUAUCUCUCCAACACAUGAUUCAUAUGUGCAUAAAAAAUUGGGCGAUCCUGCAUGGAUUCCAGCUAAGGAUCGUUGCCGACUUGCUGAACGCGCUAUGGAAUAUGAAGAUUCAGAAGCAUCGUCGUGGAUUAGCAUUUCUCGAGGUGAAAGUGAAGCUGAUGGGUUCGUUGAUUUUCCUGAUGUUACUAAAAAUUUUCGAAAUUUUCUUAAUAACACACUUGUCGAUCAAGAAAAUAUUCUCCAAUAUCCAUUGCGUGUAGUCUAUGUCUGCGGAUUAGAUCAUUAUAACAAGUGCUCCGACGUUGAGAGAAUGGCAAAACAAAAUAACAUGGCUUCUGCAGUUAUCUUCCGUAUUGGAAAUGACGAUAAGCAAAUCAGUCAUUCGGUUGGAACAUCAGGUGCUAUGUACAUUCCAUUAUCAAAGGAGCGUGCCCAACUUCCUGAUGUAAGUUCGACACUAAUUCGAGAAUAUUUUCGAACUGCAUUUCAUUUAUUAUCACGUUCAUCAGCGGCUGCAUAUUCUUGUACAAUGGCAACGGUUAAUUCUACCAAAGAAAGGACUAAACCACCUAUAAGUUAUAUAGGAUUAAUAAGAUUAGCUAUACAAAAUAGUCCAGACCAAAAAUGUACUUUAAAUGGUAUUUAUCAAUAUAUUAUGGAUCAUUAUCCUUAUUAUCGAGAAAAUCGAGCAGAAUGGCAACGAUCUAUUCGACAUAGUUUAUCAUUCAAUGAGUCUUUUGUUAAAGUUGCACGAAAUGAGAAACAACCAGAUGAACGUUGCAAUGCAUCAGUUACUUUACUUAAUGAUAAAAUAAAGUUUAUCAGAGGAACACAUCGACAUGGGGAACGUGUACCUCCAUUUCAUAUUUUGCAAGUGGUACAUGAAUUUCGACAAAAAGCUGUUUCUGAUAUAAGAACUCCAUUACCUUGA